UCGCUGCUCUCAGCUGGUUGCCUGGGAGCGGAGUCCGGUCCGUGACGUCACGGGAAAAGAUGGCGGAGGAGAAUAUCUUCCUGUUCGUGCCCAACCUGAUCGGUUAUGCCCGGAUACUUUUUGCCUUUGUGGCGUUUUAUUUCAUGCCGACCUCGCCCCUGGUGGCCUCCACCUUCUACCUGCUCAGCGGUCUGCUGGACGCCUUCGAUGGACACGCAGCCCGGGCGCUAAACCAAGGAACCAAGUUCGGUGCCAUGCUGGACAUGCUGACAGACCGCUGUGCCACCAUGUGUCUCCUGGUAAACCUGUCCCUCCUCUACCCAUCGUACACCCUGCUCUUCCAGCUCAGCAUGAGUCUGGACAUGGCCAGUCACUGGCUGCACCUACACAGCUCCAUCCUGCAAGGAAGUGACAGUCACAAGACGAUUGACCUGAGCGGUAACCCCGUGCUGCGGUUGUAUUACACCUCCCGGCCUGUCCUGUUCCUGAUGUGUGCUGGCAAUGAGCUGUUCUACUGCAUGCUGUAUCUGCUGUACUUCACCGAGGGACCAGCAGUGGCUUUGGGGCCCCUCGGAGCGGUCGGCAUGUUCCGCCUGAUCUUCUGGGUCAGCUGUCCUAUCUCUCUGGUGAAAUCCGGCAUCAGCCUUCUACACCUGGUCACCGCCUCCUGCAACAUGGCCGCCCUGGACUGCGCCGAGCGCGCCAAAAAGAAAUGAGCGCGUAUACAGGGAAGUUUAUUUAGAACCAAUGCCGGUAUAAUUUAUUACCCCAAGUGUUAAUCCUUACACUGUAUUCACAAGCUAGCCUACCCUGGAAAUACCCCGAGGAUACCUUCCUCUCCCCUCCCCCCCGGCUAUCAAGUAUUGGCGCCACCUUGUGGUUCUCCCAGGCACUGAUUGUAUCCAAGCUUUACAAGCGUUUUCUAGGUGGGGUAUGAACGCACUCGAGGCUU